AAAAAACAAAAAUGGCGAUGUACGCGCUGGUCCACUGGGAGGAUCAUUUUGUGAGCAUGAUUAAUCUAGAAAACGUUAAAGAUCCAAGAAAACCCGUGAAUGAGUACAAACCAGGAGAGUACAUAGUGGCAAACUACAUGAAAAAACCCUACAAGGCACGGAUAUCAGAAAUUUCUGAAGAUCGGAUAGCAUUGAAGUCAAAAAUGAAGGAUGGCCAGGUUCCACUUCAUUACAGAUAUGGCCAAAAUCUGCAUGAUGAUGAAAGUGAGGCAUCAACCAGUAAUGAAGAAAUGCCAGGUAGAGGGACUGCGACAAGAAAAGAACGUCCUUUGCAGCCAACAGUGAGCCAGGGUUCUAGAGACCCCAGUGAAAGUGAGGCAUCAACAAGUAAUGAAGAAAUGCCAGGAAGAGGCACUGCGACAAGAAAGGACCGUCCUUUGCAGCCAACAGUGAGCCAGGGUUCUAGAGACCCCAGUGAAAAAGAGGCAUCAACAAGUAAUGAAGAAAUGCCAGGUAGAGGCACUGCGACAAGAAAGGACCGUCCUUUGCAGCCAACAGUGAGCCAGGUUCUUGGAGACUUCAGUGAUAGUGAGGCAUCAACGAGUAAUGAAGAAAUGCCAGGUAGAGGCACUGCGACAAGAAAGGACCGUCCUUUGCAGCCAACAGUGAGCCAGGGUUCUAGAGACCCCAGUGAAAAAGAGGCAUCAACAAGUAAUGAAGAAAUGCCAGGUAGAGGCACUGCGAUAAGAAAGGACCGUCCUUUGCAGCCAACAGUGAGCCAGGUUCUUGGAGACAUUAGUGAAGCAAAAAGACCAUCAAGUAGUCCGUCUUCUCCUUCUUUACAUAGCAAGGUACGAAAGUUGGAGACAAAAGUACAUAAUCUAGAGAAGGAGGUCAGCGUACUAAAGAAAAAGCUUAAAGCUCACACAGACAACCCUGAAGCUCCAAGUCAAAGAGAAGUAUCCGAUGACUUAUUGAAAUGUGUGCUGCACUUGUCAGCGAAUGAUAUCUCUACCAUUUUAAGAACUCUUAUAUACAAAGUUUUCUCAAAUGAGGAAGUCCUUAAUUGUUCUCGAACAGGUAAAAAAACUGUUAACUCGGGGGAAACCCCGAGACCAGGAUUUGAUCUCAAGAAAUUAACAGCUGUGCAGACAGCUAUCAUGACAAAAUGUAGUAUCAGCUUGGAAGUGUUUAAGAAAAAGUUUGAUAAUUUCUUAAAAAUGGAGCGGAGAAAGGUCCGUAAAUCAUCUGAUUAGUGUACUGAAUAAAGAAAUGAAAGUUUUAGCUCUUGAAAGUUUUUUUUUAAGCAAAACUUAAGAAUCAUAUAUAUCCUGUUGUGAAAGAACAAAAUGAAUGUGUUGAAAUUGGUAUUGAUAUUGAACAAAACUUAUGAAUAGUAUAAUGGUAUAUAUAUAUCAUUAUAUUUACUAGAAAAGAGUUAUUGAACUGUUCUAGAUCUGUUCUAAGAAAAUUGUAUGCAUUUAGUUAUAGAACUGCUCAAGAACAAACUUAAUAAAUUUUGUUCCAGAACAGUACCUGAACGUUAAAUAUUAUGGCAAAUCCCAUGUCUCAUUUAACAUACCAGAACAGUCCCAGACCUGUUCUUGGUAUUUUAGUUCUAAACGAGUCCCUGUUUCUGUUGUUCCAAAAGAAUCCCAGAUAUUGAUUGUUCUAGAACUGCUCAUGUUCAUGAACCUGUGUAUUCUGGUAUAGUUCAAGCAAAUGUCUCAUUUAACAUAUUUUAACGUUCUAGUAAUGCACAAGAUGAGUAAUAGAACUCAUCAGGGACAUUUUAGGGUGUUCUAUUCCAAAAGUACUAGAAAUAUUCUAUUACAAUUCUAGAAAAGUUCAAGGAUU